UAUAAAUAUAAUUCAAAAUGGCAGCCCCCAUACGUGUUCCGGGGUGCUGUCGGCAUUUACAAUUAACUGUCAUUUUGACGCUGCUGGUUUUCUGUUCAUAUUCUGAAUCGGUAAAUCCAGAAGAAUUUUUUACAAGUGGUCAUACUAACAAUUGGGCGGUACUUGUGGACACGUCUAGGUUCUGGUUCAACUACCGCCAUGUGGCUAAUGUGUUGUCUAUAUACAGGAGUGUCAAACGCCUGGGCAUCCCAGACAGCCAAAUUAUCCUGAUGGUGGCUGAUGACAUGGCUUGUAAUCCUCGCAAUCCUCGACCAGCAACUGUCUUCAAUAAUGCAAACCAACAGAUCAAUGUGUACGGGGAUGAUGUAGAGGUGGACUAUAGGGGGUACGAGGUAACAGUUGAGAACUUCAUCCGAGUCCUGACAGGUCGGCUGCCACCAAGUACACCGCGGUCCAAACGACUGUUAACAGACGAGAGGAGUAACGUUCUUGUUUAUAUGACUGGUCAUGGCGGAGAUGGGUUCCUGAAGUUUCAGGAUGCUGAGGAAAUUUCCAAUGUAGAGUUGGCUGACGCUUUUGAGCAGAUGUGGCAGAAAAGGAGGUACCAUGAGCUCUUCUACAUGAUUGACACCUGCCAGGCGGAGUCUAUGUUUCAAAAGUUUUACUCACCUAACAUCUUGGCUGUGGCCAGCAGUAAGAUUGGCGAGGACUCACUGUCACACCAUGUAGACCCGACCAUUGGUGUGUUUGUGAUUGAUAGAUAUACUUACUAUGCACUAGAGUUUCUUGAGUCUGCCAAACCUGAUAGCAAGAAGACAAUGGGACAGUUUCUAAAGGUAUGUCAACCUUCCCAGUGUUCAUCAACUGUGAGUACACGUAAAGACCUAUUUCCAAGGGACCCUGACAAAGUUCUUCUCACCGACUUUUUUGGCAGUGUGCGUAAUGUAGAGCUCCUCACCGAUACCAUACAGCUGGAGAAUGUUACAGGGGAGACAAUCCAGCACUGCAGUAAGGAGACAUGUGAAGAGGAAAAAGGAGAGAGGCUUGUCUAUGCUGACCAAUUUCCUAUGCCAAUCUGAGAGUAUUUGUCAUCUUUCUGGACAUCUGACUUAGGACUGGAGAUUUAAAAGAUCGCCCAGUUUCCUAAGGAUAAUGCAUUGUCAUCUUUCUGGAAAUUACUCAAGGCUGAAAAUUUGAGGGCUGACCUAUCUCAACAGAUUUCUUUCCUAUAUAUGCCUUAUUAUUCUGGACUCCUGGUCCAAGAGAGAAGGGUAGAUCUGACAAAGUCUCUUUACCCAUUGUUAGGUCAUCAGACAUAUUCUAGACAUCAGCUUUGUGGCAGACAAGGGCCUUUUUGUUUAUCGAGGUCAAAACGGUUGACCAUAGUUGUUCGUUACGAAACAAUGACAGUCCAAGUGAUUUUAUGUUGCUUUGGGACAAGUCUGUUGAACCUUCUAGGUCUGCAUCAACGUGGAAAUAGAUGAACCAGUUUGUCAACAUAAAUGAACAGACCUGAGGGCUGGCCAUAGCUGUGUCAGUGUAUUAGUGCUGGUCUGAACCUUUGGCUCAAAGCCAGUAUUCAAGACUGACUAGUGUUCUAUAUCAUGCGGAUCAUGUUGACAUAUUUCUGUACAAUAUUAUAGAGUAGACAAAUGCCAUGUAUCACAGUAUUUGUCCUUUACUCUAUAUUUGAUUUAGAUAAUGUGAAGUUAUCAACAGGUGGUGAAUUUUUCUUGUGCAAUGUCCAUCCAUAUCAUAUGAAUUGAAGUGACUGGGGAGUCCAGGUUAUCCAAAUACAUUAAUCCUGACAGGGUUUAGUAUGUGGAGUUGGGAGAUCCAGUGAUAUUUCCAGUUCCUCCUAACUUGUUAGAGGAGGGGGAGUCAGGGUCCGAGUUGAUUUGAUAUAUGCAGUGAUAAACUGACUCAACCAAGCACCUCUGAUGAGUCUUAUCUGUAACAGACGAAAUCGGUCAGGUCUAGAAGCAACAUUUUGUCCAAUCACCCACAGCCAGCCAUUGGGAGUGAAGCUGUACCCAAACCAGUCACUUCAAUCCAACCAUAGUAUAGUCCCUACACUUACUACUUAGUCAGUCCAUUCCCAAAAUAUUCCUUUAUCUUAUAACUGAUGUAACUUAGCCGUUAUUACACUAACUAUGUGGUAUAUAAAGUACCUAGCCUAAGUUUCCUCUGGCCCUGACACAUGACCUAUACAUUCUGACAGAUAGAUGUAUGGUGUAGACAUGUUGUCGGGCCAGAUAAACUUGGGCUAAUAUAGGUACCAUAUUCUUAUAUUUUCUAAGCAUUCUUCAAAUUAUUUCAAUGGUAUUUAUAAAUUCCAUGAAACUUUUUGUUUCUAUAGGUACUAUAAUCACAAUAACAAUUUUACUGUAACUCUUAUUCAUACAUAUUCCAUCAGGUUCGGAAGUAUUUAAAUGUGUGUGUUCAUACUGUCAUCCUUUUGUCUGGGUAUACUGCCAUCAUUUGUCGUUAAAACCUGGUUAUACUGCCAUUAUUUGUAAAACCUUUAAUAUACUGUCACCAUGUCUGUAAAACCUGGUUAUACUGCAAUAAUUUGUCAUUUAAAUCAGAUUAUACUGUCACCACGCAUUUGUAAAAAGAUUUUUAUACUACCACAAUACAAAACCUUAAUAUAUUGUCAUCAUUCGUCUGUAAAAUUUGUUAUAUCACCACCAUUGUACAGUGUAACCCUGUGUUAUAAGGAUGUUGGAUAUAUAUAUAUUGGUAGUAACUGAUUAAGAAAUGGUGUGCGUAAAAACGGUGAGCCAAACACAGAGAUUCAUUCAAUUGUCCAAUUUAUUGGAAAGCAUUGUUUACAUGUUUCGGCCAUCAUCACAACAACAAUCAUUUAUUGUGAUGUCUCAUACGUAUGUAAGCAUCAGAAAUUGAUGACGCCAUGAGUGAGUAUACACAAAAAAAACACUGCCAAAGAGCAAUUUGGCGGAGAAAUAAAUUAUGUGUAGAUGAAGUUGACAGGUGCUUGAUUAAUCUUUUGAGUUAUAUACAGAUAUAGUUAGUUAUCCAUUAUAGGGAAAAAAAUAGCAAAAAGUUCCAGACUAAUAUGUCCAUAAUAGCUAAUUUAUUCCAGGCUAUUAUGUCUAUAAUAGCCAAUUUAUUCUAGACUAAUAUGUCUAUAAUAGCUAAUUAAUGCUUAGGUGGGAUGGUUCCAUUGUAUCCAUAAAGGCGAUGUGAACUACCUCGACCUUGAGAGAAUAUUAUGGCGAGUUUAUGUGUGUUAAGAGUGAAUUCGGAAAGGUUAGAGUUGGAGAGUUGUAUAAUUAUCUUCUUUGGAAGAAAUGUCUGUUUUUUUUCAUUCCAGUUAUAGUGGAGUUAUUUCUGGGGUUUUUUUUAGGUUGUUUAAACAGCAGAUACAGCAGAGGCUAUGAGUUGGUUGACAAGUUCCUUUUCUGAAGUGUCGGAGACCAGGAUUGCUUCAGCUGAGUCAAUUUCUGUUUGCAGGGCCCAAAAUCUGUCCUUCCAAUAGCCUCGAACUAAGAUAGCUUCAACCAACUUAUAGCCUUUGCAAUCCAGCCUAAACAUACGUUAUGUCUCUAAAAAGAAAUAGAUUGUGAAUUACUUCCUUUUGAUAUUGUCCAAAGGAAAAAUAAUUUUUUUAACACUUAUUACAUGUUCAUUUUUUGUAUGAUAUUUAUGAAUUAUUGAAACUAUUCUAUUGCACAAGUUUACUGUUUAUAUUGUAUGGGGUUUAAAGAUUUAAUUAUGGCCUACUUCGAGCAUCAACUAUACUGAUUAUAAUAUGAACUACUAUGAAUUACAUGUAAUGCGCAUGUAUAGAGAAACAAGUUUUGAUGUGCAUGUCCAGUAGACUACGGAUCAACAGCCGAUUUCCUUUGGUCGGUCUACAGCAACUGGACUUCGUUUGCACAUGGUCUCCAUGUGGAAGCACAGCAGGGAUUGGUUGUUGAUUAUAUGCAUGUGUAAUCACAUUAAAUGAAACAGCCUCACUAUAGCAAAUAGUUGACACUCAAAGUAGGCCUAUGUUUCAUAAAGUAGUCUCUAUUGUAUUCUCUAUAGUUUCAUUAAGUUUUACAUGCAUUCAUUGAUUUCUUAAAAUCAAAAUACAAAAUGUAGCUAUUUUUUCUAAUAAAACUUACAGCCUUUUGAUUUCUGUUGAUAAAUGGUUUAAUCAACCUUUAAAAAAUAUCAUUAAUUUUAGAAAUAAAGAACAAACCAACCAACCUUAUCAAAAUUAAAUGAGCAUGUCCUGUUAUUUUGUGUUAUGUGUUAUAGAUUGUGGAUAGAUUUAAAAGGCGUAGGUAAAGGCUGGAAAGAGAAAUGUUUUAAUUGGUGGUCUUACUAGUUUUAUAUAUUCCAGAGUAGCGAAGAAAAUAUUGAAUACUUGUACGUUGCAUCAAUGUGCAGAAUAUGGAAACAUUAUUUUUAAGUUUAUGCAGCAAAUAUGCACAAAUUUAAGAAAGAAAGAAAGAAAGAAAAAGAAAGAAAAAAAAACUGCAUUUACAGUAAUGUACAUGGAAGAAAUUGGACUUGGAUGGUUUACAAGGCAAAUUUAUGGACUCGUUUCUUCUUGCAGGAAUGUUUUGAAAUGUAUUCCAGGCAAAAGACUGAUGCGAACAUGUUAUAAAAAUGUCAGUUCUGGUUCCAAAACCAGGUAGGAGUGAACAAAUUGUCACACUCCAUUGAUAUAUAAUACAUGUAGCAACAUGUGUUGCUAGUGAUUGGUAAUUUUAAGUGAUAGUCCAUAUUGGUAAAGUUUCAUUUUACCUGUACUAUGUAGCAAGUAAUUUAGUAAAGGAGUCAACACUUCAGAUUUGUUCUUCCUUUUGUCAACUUACAUGGUAAAACUCAUCUAUCUUGGUGUUUGUCCAGGUAGUUCAGUUUUAAUCCAAUCUAUAAAUGUAUUUGAAAUGUGGUACGUUUCAUAACUAUGAUUAUGUGCCAUUCUGAUUAACAUAUUUUUAGUUAGUUGCUGUUCUUUUAUUUUGGUAUUUUAAUUUUGUUUGAAGGAUAUACAGUAUCUACUUUUAGUCUUUUUUCCGAUUUCUUUGAAAACUAAAAUCAAAGGUUUUAAUUAUCUUUAUCGUUUAAUAAAAUUACAACUAGACAUACAGUGUACUAAGUCAUUGAUUAAAGGAGUUACUACGGAUUGUAAA